AUGGUGGAUACACAGCACUUCUGUCUGCGCUGGAACAAUUACCAGAGCAGCAUCACCAGCGCCUUCGAGAAUCUUCGUGAUGACGAGGACUUUGUUGACGUCACAUUGGCCUGUGACGGAAAGAGUUUAAAGGCGCAUAGGGUGGUCUUAUCGGCAUGUAGCCCCUACUUUAGAGAACUAUUAAAAUCGACACCGUGCAAGCAUCCAGUGAUAGUUCUUCAAGAUGUUGCCUUCACCGAUCUACACGCUCUGGUGGAGUUCAUAUACCACGGUGAGGUCAACGUGCAUCAGAGGAGCCUCUCCUCUUUUCUGAAGACGGCGGAGGUCCUUCGCGUCUCCGGACUCACACAGAAUGACGAUACUAAAGGGUCGCUGGUACAAAGCAUCGCCCGCGCAACCGCCGAGUCGUCUCCGCACGUAUCUCCGCAUCCCGCGCAUACCCCUCACACCCCGCACACCCCUCACACUCCACACACACCAAGCUACUCGGAGAAGCUGGAAGAGGCACUUCUACUGCCUCAACCCCUCAACCGCAGGAUCCCCAUGCCCCCGCGUCGAAUGUCACGCUCGGCUGACAAUUCCCCGGACGUAAUAAAGCGCGCACGCCACGACAACAACAAUGACCAAUCACAAGUACAUGAUUUCUCGACAAAGAACAACUCACUGCUGAACAAUCGUCACGAGCCUGGUAAUGGGAAUGGGAUCUCGAAUUCCAGCUCGUCACCAUCCCCCAAACUGAUGGAUGACGUGAAGAACGAGCCGUUGGAUAUGAUCUGCCAGUCGAACGCGGAUAUCGAUCGCAGUGCUGAUGAUACUCCGCCUCAUUCGCAUCAUAGACACAUGGGAGGGCCGCCAUCCCGCGCGAGCUCAGCCGAUGCCGACGACCGUACGCCACCGCCACAAAUGCCACCCUCGCCUUUUAUUUCGCCAGCUGAAGCCAAGCUCUUUCCAUCAUCGCAACACCACAGUUUCAACUACUCCAUGUUGACUGAUUCAUCGCUGACAGGUCUGCCGAGUCCCCUGCCUCCGGACGGCUUACCGGGAACAUCACAAGGUCGAAUUAGAGAGACAACCGUAUGCGUUACUAAUCCGCUUGGCUACCGGCUCGUUCGCGUCGGAUGGCCGUCAUCAAACCGGGGGGUGGCGGUGCUUGUAAAAUCGAGAGGCUACGAUAGUGAGUGCAUUAAAAGUGCGUUCGGAAGCUUCCAUGGGGCUAACUGCUUGUGUUGUGACCAGGUGGCGCCCGCACCCCAGGAAGAGUACCGAUGCGAGCCCUGUAACAAGAGCCUCUCUUCGCUGACGCGGCUCAAACGACAUAUACAAAACGUACACAUGCGGCCCUCCAGGGAGCCCGUCUGUAACAUUUGCCGACGCGUGUACUCCAGCCUCAAUAGCUUGAGAAACCACAAGUCGAUCUACCACCGCAAGCAGCAGCCGCCCUCGGGCCAGGGCUUCUACCCGGUCAACUGA